AUUGCAGAACCUUUAGUUCAUGAACUCUUUCUUCCCUCCUCCUCCUCUCCUCUAUAUAGCUCUGUCUCUUUCCUCCACCUCUCUUCCUCCCAAGCUCUAAACUGCUCCCCAGACUCCUCCUGCAUCGUUUUGAAAGUUGCCACUACUUCAGUGCAGAGGUGUCUAAGAGGAAUGGUGGCCUGGAGGCUGCUCGAUAGCCCAACACCUCGUCCAUUUUUUUGAAGAAGUGCUAUGUUUUUCGCCCCCUACCAGUCUUUCCAUUGUUGUCUUUUGCUGCACUGUAUUCUGUCUUUAGAUUUUUUAUUUUCGCCUUAUACUGCUCCC